AUGGAAUUAUCGCCGGAGGCAUAUCAGCUCAUUGCCAAGCACGUCGGCAACCGUCAAGACUUACACACGUUAUGCACCGUAUCCCGAGGCUUUCAGCGCGCCGCGGAGCGCGCGUUGUACAACACCUUACAUCUCAGCGAGCAGGGCGACACCAUCGCCCUCUGCACUCUUCUAUCUCGCCAGCCUCGUGUGGCAGGCUAUGUCAGGGCGCUCACUAUCGUCGCCUCGGACGAAGAAGGCAGCGAAGAAGACACGCAACCUCCUACCGAGGAAUAUUGGAACGCUGUCGCGACGGCGCUUCGCAACAUACCCUACACGCGCUAUCUGAACAUACAUCUAGAAAGCAGCGACGGCGAGUCCAAAACCUGGAUCUUGACCGGCUGCACAUUCCAGCUCGUCAGCUUUCACUGCGAUCUCACCUGGGACGAGUCACUCGUCGCGUUUCUCCGGACCCAGACGCGUCUAGCAGAUCUGUUCGUGGCCGACUUCAACAAGAAUAUACCCGAAAAUGUAUCGCUAUCAGUACUUCCGCCGGACCCUCCUUCUCCGUUCCCUCACCUGACCACCCUCGAAUGCACCUUCACGGAGGCCGCGUCCUUGCUCGUCCCUGGCCGCCCUUUAACCCGCCUCAAAACCUGCUUCUCGGCUUCGCGAGUUGAGGACAAGCGUGCCGAAUACACCGAGCUCAUCUCACGACUCAACCUCGGCUCCGCGCCACUGCUGGCGCUCGACAUCGCCGACGCGAAUUACACCGAGGCCUUCGUGAUGGAGCUCCUGACACUCACCGUCGCCGCCUCGCCGUGCUUCAACGAACUGCGCUAUUUCGGAACGUUGGUACUUCCCAUCGGCGGUCGCGAGCGCCUUCGAUUCUACGGGAUGCUUAUGCACCUACCGCACCUCAAAUGUGUCGAGUUCGAGGUGUCGGAGUGGCAGCCUGCGCCGACGUCCCGCGGUGCGCUGCGGGCGCUUGCAAGCGAGCUGAGGCUCUACUGCCCGUCGAUCGUAUGCGUCGUGUUCGUGUACGAUUUCGAGCGAUACGUGGUCAGGGCGCGGGACGGGAUGUGUGUGGUGGAUCAGGAUGCGUCCACGGAGAACUUGUGGAGGGAGAUGUGGCCGGCACGGUAUGCGAUCGCGUUAUCACCCUGGGUUAUGAAUGGACUCAUCUGA